UCAGGGACUCUCCACAAACCCACCAUCAAGGCUGAACCCGGCUCUGUGGUCACCUCAGGAAGUCCCAUGACCAUCUGGUGUCAGGGGACCCUGGAUGCAGAAAUAUAAGUUCUGCAUAAAGAGGGAAGCCAAAAACCCUGGGGCACACAGACCCCAGAGAAGCCUGGGAACAAGGCCAAGUUCUCCAUCCCUUCUGUGACACAGCAACAUGGAGGGCAAUAUCGCUGUUACUGUUACAGCUCAGCUGGCUGGUCAGAGCACAGUGACACCCUGGAGAUUGUGGUGACAGGAAUCCACUACAAUAAAUCCAGGCUGUCAUCCCUGCCCAGCCCUGUGGUGACCUCAGGAGGAAACAUGACCCUCCAGUGUAUCUCCCAGGAGGGAUAUGAUAAACUCGUUCUCACCAAGGAAGAUCAGAAGUUCCUCAGCUCCAUGAACUCACAGUUUGUACCCAGUAUUAGGCAGUGGCAAGCCUUGUUCUCUACAGAUCAUGUAACAUCAGACCACAGAGGGACAUUCAGAUGUUACGGUUACUACAACCAUACCCCACACUUGUGGUCAGUACCCAGUGAGCACCUGGAAAUACACAUCUCAGGUGAGCCAACACACUGGAGAGUCAUGUUCCUUCCUGAGGCCACCACAGAGCUGGACAGUGCUGACAGUUUGGCUGUCAGGGCUGAAGAAGAAUCCUACAAAGAAGAAAGCAGCAUGUUAGGAGUGCUCAUACAGCCCACCUUGUCCCAAGCGUUCAGGAAUAAAGCAGAAUUCUCCAUUAAUGCUGUGACCUCUGCCCUCUCAGGCACCUACAGGUGCUAUGGUUCUUGGGACUCAUCUCCCUACCUGUUGACAUAUGCCAGUGACCCUGUGGAGCUCACGGUCUCAGGACCCAUUGGAACCUCCAGCCCACCACCCUCAAAGUCCAUGCCAACAUAUGGACUGGAAGGGUACCUGAAGGUUCUGGUUGGAGUCUCUGUGGCCUUCCUCCUGUUCCUCUUCAUCCUCAUCUUCCUCCUUCUCCGACGAAGGCAUCAGGGAAAAUUCAGGAAGGAUGCCCAUAAAGAUACAGAACUGCAACUUCCUGCAGGAGCUGCAGAGCCUGUAACCAGAGACAGAGGCUCCCAGAAGAGAUCCAAUCCAGCUGCUGCCACCCAGGAAGAAAGCCUUUACGCUUCAGUGGAGGACACACAGCCUGAGGAUGGUGCCAAGUUGGACAGUUGGAGAUCAGCUGAAGAAGACCCCCAGGGAGAGACAAAUGCCCAGGUGAAAGGCUCCAGGGUCAGGAGGGCAGGAGCUGUCCUUCCUUCUGUCAUGUCAGGAGAAGUCCUGGACACCAAAGAUGGACAAGCAGAAAAUGACAGAGAGAUGGAUGCUCAGGAUGCUGAAUCCGAGGAGCCCCAGGAUGUGACCUAUGCCCAGCUGUGCAACAGGUCACUCAGACAGGGGACUGCUGCACCUCCUUCCUCCCAGGUGCGGGAUGCCCCAGAGGAGUCCACUGUAUAUGCUGCUCUGGCAGUCAUUCAACCAGGUUCUGAUCCCAGUAACAAGGAGCAAUGACCCUCUGCCUGCUGGGAGACCGAACAAAGACCUCCAAGGGAUUCUGUGAACUUUUGGGAACCUGAUUGCAUUUUAACUAACAUCAUACAUUUUGGAAAUAAAGCAGAUUUCUCAAUAAUCAAGUGAAAUGAGAAACUAAAUAGAAGGGAAUGGAUUCACACUGAGUACUAGUUUUAAUGACAUUGCUUUUCAAAGCCAUGAAAUAAGAAAAUUUAUAGGCUUGGUUGCAUAGAUUCAUAAUCCCAACCCCAGGGACGCUGAUGCAGGAGAAUUGCUUUUGUUUUUGGUUAUCUUGGCAUACCUAGUGAAUUUCAUGCCAGCCUGUGCUGCAGAGUGAGACAUGUUUCACACAUUAACCACCAGGAUCACACAGUGGAGAAUCUCAUCAGGAUGGGGUUUGCUGCUGUGAUCCUCAUAAUCCUUGGGAUUCUUGUCUUUGAGACUUGGGGCAGCCAGAGACAGAUCUACCAUGCAAUGAGAAGUAAUCAGAAAAGAAAGAAGUACAUCUCUCAAGAUUCCAGAGUCUGAGAAAUAAAUCUGAUGAUCCCACAAUUUCUGUAAGAAAAUAGUUCUUAUAUUGAGGAACUGUUGUGAGAGAAUGUUCAGUGAGCAAACGUGUUUUAUGUCUGGGUCCUUUUCUGAAAUGUUGAAGGGUCCUUGAAUGGAGGAGUGAGAAUUGAGAAAUAACUUCUAGGAAAUAUAGAGAGAGGUAAAUGCAAAGAAAAAUACAUAGACACAGAAGAUCUUUGCGAGGGCUCUGGGUCAGUACCACAGACUCUUGUGUUUAUUAUUCACAGCCUUUAUAUAUUCAAAGUAAAGGGGGCAAAGAAACUUCCCCUUUUCAAGGACAUCACUAUUCAGGGUACAAAGCACAGAUGAGUGUAAACACCUCCUUAGCACUCAAGACAUCUAGUAGCUAUGCCUUAAUGCAAAGCAUCCUGUAAUUAGGCCUUGAAGUAUAAGACACCUGGUAACCAUGCCUUUGGACAAAGCAUCCUAUUAUGCAGCCUUGCAGAGUGGAAAACAAGCUUGGACUCACUGACCUUUAGUCAAGAUGGAAUAAGGCAUCAUUGUGGAUCUCUGUGGGUCCCUACAGUUUUGGGUGCAGAGGAAGGCUUGAGUGUUCUGAUAAGUUCCUUCUGCAGCAAAUGAAUUUACAUCACUCCAGCAGCUGUAGGCCUUUGCUGACUGAACCAACUCUUUUCUUGAUCCAUAAAGUGAGGGAAUAUGCUGUCCCAUCUCUCUGGCUUUGGUCCUUGUUUCUAUACAUAUUUUCCUUCCCCCACCUCAUGUGUCAUUUUCCAUUUUAAUAAAUUGUCACAUUCACCAUGGCAGAAGCUUCUCUCUGUUAGACUAGAAAUAAAGAACGUGCCUCAAUAACAAAAAUAAUAAGUAAAUUCAGAGCCCGUAAUUCAAAGUCACUCUGCCUAUGAUGUCCGAAACUCUCUUUGUGACCCUCCACCCUUUCAGGCUUCAACACAGGAUCUUCACAGAGUUUCUCUUGAAAUAUAAAGCCAGUGUUAACACACUGGUAGAAUAAGGACUAGCUGGCAGGACAGUAUGGGCAGGACUUUGAAAGUGUUUUCUUAACACAAAUUUCUGAUUUGUAGAAUUUGCUGACCACUAUAAAUAUCCCACGGGUGUGAGGGUGGGGAGUAUCGCAUUAAAUUGAUGUGUUUUUCAUUUCAUUUUCCACUGUCUAUUUCUCAUAUAUGCAAAAGCAAUUGGCUUGCAGAUCAAUCAUCCCACAUUCACCUUGCUAGGGAAAGUUACCAUACAAUGAUUCAUAAUUUCUACAUAGACAAUUAUGUUAUCUUCAGACAAUGAUAGUUGUAUUUCUCUCUCUCUCUCUCUCUCUCUCUCUCUCUCUCUCUCUCUCUCUCUCUCUCAUAUUUUACCUACACUUCUGUUUCUGUAUUAGCUAAGUCUUCAAAUACAAAUCUGAAAAUGCGUGAAGAAAGGAGAUUCUGUUACCUUCUGCAUGAUUUAAUACAAAAUCUGCUUUCUCACAAUUAAGUAUGAUGCUAACUUCAGUAUUUUGGUACAUUAAUUAUUCUGAUCCUGGAGGUUCUCUGUAUCUAAUUUCCUGUGAGUGUUCAUGAUGAAUGGCUGUGGGACACUGACAAAUGUUAACUAUUCAUGAAAAACUGUCUCAGUUAUGUGUUUUAUUUUAAUCUUGUUACUAUCAUCAAUAAAGUAUAGUUCUAAAUAUUUAA